UCCAGGGACGUCCUCUAACCACUCGACGGAGCUUAUCAUCCUGAACUUUGCGACGAGGGUCCUUAGUAGAUUUCCGGACGAUUCUUUGAUUGCACGCGCCGCAAGAAUCAGGGUUCCGCGAUGAUUUUCCGGAUGCCAGAGUGGCGACGGGAAAAACUGUGAAUUGGGAAAAUCGCGGAUUUUGUGCAUCGGUGGCGGACUUUGGAUUCUGGUGUUGAUUUUCGAAUUUUCCUCGUGAAGAUGGCCCUGGAGUUGGGUUCGCAUGGCACGAUGCCCCUGGACUUCAGCAGUGGUGCUAGGGAGGGCAUCUCCGGUUCUCAGCCAGGAAGCCCUCCGGGUAGUAGCGCUUUUACUAUAGUUACACCGAAAGUUGUUACGGACCGAAAUGACUCUUCUCCACUACAUUUCCCAUCAGCGCAGUAUUGCAGAAUGUUAUGGGGUUCACAUUUGUUACCCGCCGGUCCUAGAUAUCUCUCCAGUAUAGCACUGCCUGGUGCUGACAGUUCAGAGGAUAAGUCAGUGCUACAAUCGACCAGUCAAAGAAGCACCACGAGUACUCUGAGCCGAAAUUUUAGAGCCAGCAAUGACAUCUUCAGCUUCCUGAACCAAAAAGACAGGAAUUUCAGCUUCUGUGCCACGAUCAACGAGCCCAGAGAACAUCACGAGUCCAAAGACAUAAAACGUCAGCACCAGCGAAGGUAA